AUCAUCAUCAUCAACACACAUGUCUAGCUCAGGCAAUAUGCAGCCCUCCCAUGGAAGUGUAACAGAAAUCUUCAAGGCGAAAAAUGCCGCCCUUUUACUGUUGGACUAUGACGAGGAUAAGUCGUUAAGGUUUCUUCGGCAUGGCGGGUUUGCUGUGAACCUUAUCAUGCAAUCAUGGAGCCCAGUUUUGAUGGUGAGCUGCAUGGUGGAUGAGCUUCAAUGGCCGAUCACGAAGGACGCUCCGGUUAUUCGGAUUGGGAAGAGGACCUUCGCCUUUGCGAUGCCGGGGAUUUUAUAUGGCCUCCAAUUUCCUUCGUGUUGUGAGGACGAAAUGAUGGAUACACUUGAAAGGGUUUUCAUGAAAUUUGCUUGCUACAAACAGCUUAGUCAGGGAGUAGCUGGUUAUUCUUAUGCUGAUACUACACCCAAUUUCUGGUCCAAAAUGCGUCCACAAAUUGAAAAUAUUGCGCACAGCACCCUAGCUGGGUUCGGAAUCGGCCCCGGGAAAUCACCUUCUGCGGUUGGCAGCCAGGCAUCCGGCUUACUCAGAGCUAUCAGGACGUCCGCAUCGACGAAAAUGGUGCACGAAGCAAUUGUGUCUGGUGCCCUAAAGGCUACGCACAUUGACAUUCAAGACUUGAGGCCACAGCAGAAAUGUGGUGAGCAUGAAUAUCAAAGCAUUAUUUCCCAGCAGGCCUUCUCUUCAAUUUGUGUUUUCAAUAAUUUAGUUCAAGCUGUGGAGCUGGCUUGGGUGGCUGCAAAUGGCGAGUCUCAUUUGUUGAAGCAGAAAUUCCAAGGAAAUAUGAAGGACUUGGUGGGGUUCAAGAUUUGGAGAUUGAAUGAAAGGGGUUUGGUUGCUUUCAUAGAAAAAUUAAUAUGAACUCUUCUCAUAGUAUCAACUUUAGGUAUGAAUCGGUUAAACAGCCGGUCGAGUUCUU